AUGGCACCGACCAGGGCCUCCCUACUUUCCGUCCUUUCUUUCCUGCUCCUCGCUGCCCUCGCCUCCGCCUCCGUGGAGGAGGUCUGCAAGAAGAUCACCACCGUCGACCACGCCGGCGUCAAGUACGACUUCUGCGUCAAAUCCCUCAAGGCCGACCCGAGCAGCGCCACCGCCGACGAACGCGGCAUCGCCGUCAUCGCCGGCCACCUGGGCUCCAGCAAGGCGCGGAGCACGCUGGCGAAGAUUAACAACCUGCUGAAGACGGCCCCAAAACCUCUGAGCAUCCCCCUGAAGGACUGCCAGGAACUCUACGACGAAUCCGUCGACAAGCUCUCCGCCGCCGCCGACGCCGCCAAGGCCAACAAUUACUCGGACGCCAACAUCUUCUUCGUCUUCGGCAUGGAUACUGCCACCACCUGCGACAGUGGCUUCAAGGAGAUGAAGCUCCGCUCGCCGCUGGCGGCCGACGACAACGAGCUCUUCCAGCUCUCCGCCAUCGGCACCGCCAUAACCCACACGGGUCCCUGA